CAUUAUCCUUGAUCACCAGAAAUCUUUAUGAUGUCCUUGGUUUGAAAAAUACCAGCUCUUCUAAAGAUGUGAAAAAAGCUUACAUUAAACUAUGCAAAGAACUUCACCCUGAUAUGAAACCUGGGGAUGCUGCACAGCAUAGAAAGUUUGUUGAAUUGAAUAAUGCUUAUUCUAUACUCGUAAAUGAGGACAGUCGGCGGAAAUAUGACUACUCACUCAAUGAAACAAUAGUCAAUAAUUUUCAUUUUAAGAGAUCUUCAACAAAGUCAUCCAAUCCGUUUGAUACAUCUACAGAAAAUGAUUCUUGGUAUGAAAGAGAUAUUUAUAAGCAAGAAAGAGAAAAUUUCACGCGGCAAAGAGAAAAUGCACAUAUUACUUUUCGUGCCAAUCAAAGCUGGAUAUUAAUUGGUUGCUUUGUGCUUGUUGUAGUUGGAUACUUGCUGUAUUAUGCUGCUUAUAGCUAUGCUAAAUCCACUUUGAAGCAAGUAGAUGCAAGAAGCAAAAAAAUAAGGGAAAAUUAUGAUGCAACUGUACAAAAAUCAGUUGAAAGUGGAAGAGAAAAAUUAUUUGAAAGAUGGAAAAAUCGACUUAAUAAACCAGAUGAGUAGAUAGAAAUAUUGUGUGUAGUGAUAGAAUGAAAAUAUUUUCUUGAAUGUUGAACUAUUUGUUUUUAAUAAAAUUCUAUUUAUUUUUA